AUGAAUGGGUUUGCAGGGGAAAAUAACUCAUAUGACCUCAUAAUCCUCGGUGCGACGCCAGGGGGCAUAGCCGCUGGUAUCUCGGCGGCCAGAUUGGGAAAGAAGUCUUUGAUACUGGAACGCACCCGAUUUAUAGGUGGUUUGCCUGCCAAUGGCUUGGGAGCUACCGAUAUAGCUACUCGUGGAGCGACAGGAGGUAUUUUUCUCGAAUUUGUCCAGCGCAUUAAGCAGAAAUACGUGGAUAAAUUUGGCUCCGAGUCCAAAGAAGUUGAAGACUGUAGCGAUGGGUAUCGGUUUGAGCCCAGCGUCGCCGAACUGGUCUUCACCGAAAUGCUGGAAGGCUACAAGGCCAGCAUCGAUGUCUUGAGGGAGCGUCAGUUUGAUUUCCAGCCGUGGGAUCUGAGGAUGGCGGAAGAUGGGACAAAGAUACAAGCCAUCCAUGUGACCAAUCUCGAGUCUGGUGUCCGCGAGACAUAUCGUGCAUUGUUUUUCGUGGAUGCUACGUACGAAGGUGAUCUCAUUGCGGCUGCUGGUGUUCCUUUCUAUAUUGGCCGUGAAAGUCGAAGCCAAUACGGCGAGCUCGGCGCCGGAAAGGUUUACAAGCUCUGGCGUGGGCCUGAGUGUGUCGGCACCGAUUACACUGGGGACAACGCGGUACAAGCUUAUAACUAUCGACUCUGUCUUACCGACAACCCUGACAACCGAGUCCCCAUUCAAAAACCAGCCCACUACAACCGAGAUGAAUACGUUUCUCUUAUCCCAGACGUUAAAACCGGUGCUCAUACCGGUAUGGACAGUCUUCAAAUUUCGCAAAAGCAACUGGAAGAAAACGCGAGGAGAGCAGAAAAGAAUCUGCCCCCAGAGCCUGAUUACAUUCCAGGAAUUCAACGCCUGUCAAGUAUUUGCAAAUUACCACUCGAUAAGUGGGAUGGAAAUAAUAUGCAUUUUGCAUUUAUCUCGACGGAUUUGCCAGAAGAGAACUGGCCAUACCCGACAGCGAGCUGGGAAUGGCGCGAUAAGUUCGCUAUACGGUUACGCGAGUACACCGAGGGACUUUUCUACUUUGCCCAGAACGACCCGGAGCUUCCUCUUUAUUUCAGAGAGAAGUGCAACGAGUGGGGUUGGGCAAAGGACGAAUAUGUCGAGAACGGUCAUUUUCCAAGGCAAAUUUACGUUAGAGAAGGCAGAAGAAUGAAAGGAAAGUACCUUUUCACAGCACACGAUUCUCUGCCAACAACAUACAAUGGGCGUCCUCCUGUUCACCAUGACAGUAUAACGGCGAGUCACUACCAAUUAGACUCUCAUGCAGUACGCAAACGAGAAGCCGGCAGGAUUCAUCUGGACGGAUUUCUGGGAUAUCCUUGUGCUCCAUACACAGUGCCCUAUCGAGUAAUGGUACCAGACUCGCCGGUUGGGAAUCUCAUAGCACCUGUUCCUGUGUCUGCGACGCAUAUUGGAUUUUCGACAUUGAGGAUGGAGCCGUGUUGGAUGGCGCUAGGACAGGCUGCGGGUGUUGCAGCGUCCCUGUGUAUCGAUCAAAGAGCAGUUGCAAAGGAUGUUUCUAUCGAAAAAUUACAAGAUACACUACUAACCGACGGAGCCGUAUUGGUUUACCAGGCAGGAUUAUUGGAGAGCUGGAAAGAAGGCAAUCGACAUGAAUUUUCCCAGGCACAGAAAAAAGAGUUGCAGAUGAAUGGGAUUAACGUGAGAGCUUUUGGUCGACUAAACCCGAUGUUGCGCCGUACAAUCUUGACCGACUUUCAAUGGUCGGAUGAAGAGGGAAGGCUGAGCGGCGAGACAAAAAUUCCUACAAACAUUCACUUGGAUCUUUUAGCGGGAAACCAUAUUCCCGACCCUUUCAUUGGCACAAAUGAAAAGGAUGUUCAAUGGGUUGACUCAAAAAAUUGGGUAUAUACCACCCACUUUACUGCUAGUCCUGAAGCCGCAGGAUAUCAGUCAGCUCUUGUGUUCGAAGGACUGGAUACUUUCGCCAAAGUGGAGUUAAAUGGUGUGCAGAUAUGCGAGUCCGAUAACAUGUUCGUGCCUCAUCAUGUCGAACUGGCACCUGGCUUACUGAAGAAUGAAAACAUCCUCAAAAUCACUUUCCAGUCGGCAAUGAAGGUAGCAAACUCGAUAUACAAAGAGAAAGGUCACCUUGUAUGCUGGAACGGCCAGUACGAGCGAGUAUAUGCACGAAAAGCACAGUACCAUUUUGGUUGGGAUUGGGGACCCUCACUUGUCACAGCAGGUCCCUGGAAGCCAAUUUAUCUAGAAACCUAUCAAUCUCGACUUGACAAUGUUAGAGUCGAGGCGCGGUUGUCUGAUGAUCUCAAAGAUGGGACAUUGUUUGUGAGCUGUGAUAUUCGUCACGACUCUGAUAGGUAUACACUGGAGAGUACAAUUGUCGAUCCCAAGGGGUUGACACUAACCUCGAGAAAUAUUGAAAAGGGACAAGGCGCACUUAUUCCUAUCCCUGAUGUACAAGUUUGGUAUCCCUUUACCCAUGGCAAACAACCUCUAUACGAAGUGAGAACAGUCCUUCGCAACAGUGAUGACAACACCGUCCUCCACACGGUGUCUCAUACUGUGGGCUUCCGUCGAGUUGAAUUGGUCCAGUCACCACUGAAAGAGGGAUCGACAUUUUAUUUUAAAAUCAAUGAAAUUCCCAUAUUCAUGGGUGGCAGUAACUGGAUCCCUGGUGACAAUUUUCUCACCAGAAUGACCCCAGAUCGAUAUGCUAGGUGGAUAGAUUUAGCUGUGCGUGGCAACCAGAAUAUGAUCCGGGUUUGGGGUGGAGGAAUAUACGAAGAUGACGCAUUUUUUGAUGAAUGUGACCGUCGUGGGUUGCUUGUCUGGCAAGACUUUGCUUUUGCGUGUGGGCAGUAUCCAUCCGAUGAAAAUUUUGUCGACAGUGUUAAAAAGGAAGCCGUGGCAGCGGUGCGGCGUCUACGAAACCAUCCAUCGUUAUGUAUAUUCGCAGGUAAUAACGAGGAUUAUCAAGUUGCCAAUGAAGGAUUGAAACACGACAUGAAAACCCCUGAGUCCGAAUGGAAAAACACUACUUUUGGUGCUCGGUAUACCUACGAGGCAAUUCUCCCUGACAUUGUUCGUCAGCACGCACCGUGGAUCACCUACUGGCCGGGAUCUCCCUUCGGCGGUGAAGACAACAACAGUGACCGAACUAUUGGAGACGUGCAUAUCUGGAAUGUUUCUAGCGGGAUGUUGGUUCCUUACCAGCGGUACCCCGACCUUUGUGCGCGGUUUAUUUCAGAGUUUGGAAUGCUCUCUUGUCCUCAUUUAGAGACUGUGAAACAGGCCUUCUUUGAUCCUGCCGAUACAGAUACCCAUCCUCAAUCCCUUGCUUUUGAGCAUCAUUGUAAAGCGUCUAGUUAUGAAAAGAGGAUGUUUACCUGCAUGGGAGAAAAUUUUCGGCUAUCGUUUGAUUUACAGAGAUAUAUUUAUUUGUCGCAAUUGACGCAGAGUGAAGCAAUGGGUUACGCUUUUCGGGGAUGGAGGAGGCAGUUCCAAGGGAGACUUUGUGGAGGGGCCUUAGUAUGGCAGAUGAAUGAUUCCUGGCCUGUAUCUAGCUGGGCCAUCGUCGACUACUACGAGCGCCCAAAGCCAGCAUACUACGUGAUCAUGAGAGCCCUGAAACCUCUUGCUAUUGGUGUUAUUCGGCGACCUAAAAUCGAAGUUCGGCCCAAUUUCCAGCAUUUAGCUCUCAUCAAUGGAAAGAUGAAAGCUGACGCUGCAGGGGUUAUUGCGCAUGCUACGCCUCACAUCUACCCUCCCAAAGAAUCCACCUUUUCUGUCUGGAUUGCCAAUUCUGGAGUGGAGGUAGUAAGAGGGACUGUGGAGCUGAGAUAUAUCUCUAUUGUGACAGGACUGGACGUGUGUUUGGCAAAGACAUGGUCAGUUGAUAUUCUAGCCCUAGGGACGACCGAAAUUGUUGCAGACAAAGAGACCCCAGAGGAUGAGCCGGUAGUUUUGGCUGUUAGACUUUUUGACGAGUCUGGAAAGUGUGUUAUCUCGAGAGAAAGCGACUGGCCACAACCAUUUAAACAUUACACAUUUCCCGACAGGGGUCUGACAGUCAGGGUUGUUGGGGAGACGGUUCAUAUCUCGGCAAAGAAACCCGUCAAGGGACUGGUGUUGUUGAAUGACGGUGUGACAUGGUCAGAUAACUGUCUCGACAUUAUUCCGGGCGACCUUCAGAUUGUUGAAGCAAAGGGACUCAAUAGGGAUGUGGAAUGUAUUUACUAUGGACAAGAGGAUUCAUAA